CAGCCGGUGCUCCACGCGGGGCUUCCGGGGGGAGGCGGCGGGGCCGAGGCGGCCGCAGGAUGCAGCGGUGGCCGGUGCUGCUGUUCCUGGCCUGGGUCUGCCUGCUUUUCUUUGCUGGCAUCGGGCUCUUCAUGAGCGGCUUCCUGCUCACCCGCAUCGAGCUCGCCAGCAGCAGCUCCUGCUCGGACCCGCUCCUGCCGCCACCCUGGCAGGGACAGAGCCUCCCGCCGGGUUCCUGCUGGGCACCCCAGCGCUUCUCCAAGGCCGUGCUUGUCAUCAUUGACGCCCUCCGCUUCGAGUUCGCCCGCUUCAACCCAGCCAAAGCCAGCCCGCUGCCCUACGAGAACAAGCUGAGUUUCCUGCACCACCUCACCACCUCCCAGCCCCGCCAUGCCCGUCUCUACCGCUUCCGAGCUGAUCCCCCCACUGCCACCAUGCAGCGCAUCAAGGGCCUCACCACCGGCUCACUUCCCACGUUCAUCGAUGUGGGAAGCAACUUUGCCACCUAUGCAAUCCAGGAGGACAAUCUGCUGGCACAGCUGGUGCAGAACGGCAGAAGAGUGGUCUUCAUGGGUGAUGACACUUGGGAAGGACUCUUCCCAAAGAAGUUUUUCCGCUCGUAUUUCUUCCCUUCUUUUAACGUGAAGGAUCUUCACACUGUGGACGAUGGGAUCCUGCAGCAUCUGUAUCCAACUGUGGACAGUGGUGAAUGGGACAUGCUGAUUGCUCACUUCCUUGGUGUGGACCACUGUGGACAUAAACAUGGGCCUGACCAUCCUGAAAUGGCAAAGAAGCUCACCCAGAUGAACGAGAUGCUCAGGUCCUUGGUGGAUCACCUGGGGAAUGACACCCUUCUUCUGGUGGCUGGGGACCACGGCAUGACAGAGACUGGAGACCAUGGUGGCGAGAGCGAGAAGGAAGUGAAUGCAGCGCUGUUUGUGUACAGCAGAACACCCCUAUUUGGCACUGGUCCUCCAGAGGAGCCCGAGGCCAUUCCCCAGGUGAACUUGGUGCCCACUGUGGCCCUGCUGCUGGGUGUGCCCAUCCCCUACAGUAACAUAGGGGAGGUGAUGGCUGAGCUGUUCUCCGGGGACAGCGACACCGUGUCUGCAGCCUUGCAGCAGCUCUCAGUCUAUCACAUCAACGCCAAGCAGGUGGACCGCUUCCUGCAGUCCUACUCGCUGGUGGCUCAGGACCUGCCAGCAGAGCAGCUCCAGCGCCUGCAGGAGCUCUUCUCCGGCGCUGUGGAGGAGCACACUCAGCUCUUGGACCAGGUGCAGGGGGCAACAUUGGUGCCUCCGGAGCUGGAGUCCAGGCUGGGAAGUCUCAUCAGUCGCUUCCAGGUCUACCUGCGGGAGGCACGGGCUGUGUGCACCCAGUCCUGGGCCCGCUUCAACUCCCUGCGUAUGGUGGGGGGCUGCACCCUUAUUGCUGCUUCCUGCUUGCUCUGCUACAUGGCUGCAGAGCUGGCUGCAUCGUCAGACUCCUUCUACCGCAGCUGCCUCCUGUACCCACUGCUCUGGGGCCUUGUGGUGGCUGUUCUGCUUGGGCUGGCCCAUGUGUUCACCCAGGAGGGGCUGGAUCUCCUCCUGGUGUCCUCAUGCACAGCCGCUGCUUCUCAGCUGGGAUUUUUCUGGCACUGGUGGGGCCGGUAUCCCAAGCGAGCCCUUUUGGUGGGCAGUCAGCCACCUUUGGCCAGCACUGGUCUAAGGCAGAGACUGCGAGCCUGGCUGGGGCUGGCAUUCCCCAUGGGCAUUCUGCUCUUCCGCUGUGGAGCCAUGUUCUCCGAUAGCUUUGUUGUGGCCGAGGCCCGGGUGGCCCCAUUCCUGCUGGCCUCGCUGGUGAUGCUGCUAGUGGGGAAGCUCCACUGGGAUGGCCGCCUGACUGUACCAGAAGGCCCCAAGCAGCAGGUCCUUGGCUUUAGUUCUUACCGGAGAGAGAUGUGGUACCUGCUGUGCCUUGUGGCCACGCUCCUGGUCUGCGUGCGCCUCUCUGGUUUCUUCCACCAGUGCCGUGAAGAAAUUCCUCAGUGCCGGCCUUCUCUUUUCCUCUCCCCGCUUGCCAGCCUGAGAAAUACACGGGCCAAGAACCUCUUCUACCUCCUGUGCGUGGCCUUGCUGGCCGGGCUGGUCUAUGCAGUGCGGAGCUGGCUGCGACACUAUGGCAACCUCAACAGCUCAGACCCCCUCGUGCUCUUUGUGCGCUGGGGUUUCCCACUGCUGGUCCUCUGCAUCGCCUGCUACUGGGCAGUUGUCUCCAGCGCUGAUGACUCUCUAGGUAAGCUGCAGGAGCUGGUGCAAGUGGCAAUUGUUGCCUUUCCGUGGGCUGUCUAUGGACUAGCAUCCAUGGGGCUGCUGCUCCUGUUGUGCAACCCGCUGACAGUGUUUGCAAAGGACACGUGGGAGUCGGCAGGAUCCAUCGUCACUCCAUACCUGGGGGCUCCUAGCUCUGAAGUGGACUUCCUCCACGUCAUCCCUCAGAUCUACAAGAGGAUGCAGGAGUCUCAGAAGAACCGCCUGGAGCGGGGCAGCUGCAGGGCCACUAUUGCAGCAUAUGGGUUGGGCAGUGUGUAUUCAGCAGCCCUGGUCAUAGCACUCACCCUACUGGGCUUCCUCUUGAUGCUUCUGCACAGUGAGCGGCUGAGUCUUGCCUUCCUGCUCCUCUUCCUGGAGGCCUUUGUGCUGCUGCACAUCCACACGCGUGCCAGAGGCCUUGCUGGAGAUGCUGAGCCUUUUUCUGUGCCCUGGUAUGCAGUCAUCUCCUGGCUCCUUGCUGCUUCCCAGUUCUUCUAUUCCACAGGCCACCAGCCCAUCUUCCCAGCCAUCCAUUGGAAUGCAGCUUUUGUGGGCUUCCACCUUGACCACAGCACCAACCUCCUGCCUGCUGUCCUGGUGGGCGCCAACACCUUUGCCUCCCAUAUCCUCUUUGCAGUUGGCUGCCCUCUGCUCCUGCUUUGGCCCUUUCUGUGUGAGAUGCCCAGCUCGCAGAAGAAGAAGCCCAAGAAGGAACCCCGAGAGGAACUGCAGGAGGUGGAGGAGCACAUGAUGGAGAUGAGGCUGCGGGAGUCCCCAGAGAAGUUCUCCACUGCUUUGCUGCAGCUGGGGCUGAAGUACCUCUUUGUCCUUGGGGCACAGCUUCUGGCCUGUGUUUGUGCAGCUAUGAUUCUCAGGAGGCAUCUCAUGGUCUGGAAGGUCUUUGCCCCCAAGUUCCUCUUUGAGUCACUGGGCUUUGUGGUGAGCAGCAUCUGCCUCUUGCUGGGGAUCUCCCUGGUGAUGCGUGUGGACUGUGCUGUCAGCACCUGGUUCAGGCAGCUUCAGCUCAGGUAGCACUGGAGAUGUGGGGAACCCAACCUGCUCAUCGGCCGAGGCUGUGGUUGUCUCCUUUCCUCGCUGGGGCUGGGAAGGAUCCAUGAGCCAGCAGCUACGAGUGCCUGCCGACAGCAGACAGGGUUUAUCCCCAGCUCCUGCCUCAGCACCGCACAAAAGGACUGGAGCCAACUGUUGCCCGCUCGUCGUGAUGGUGUUUCUCAGCAGUGGAGGUCAGAGCUCUCUAUGGGUGUUCGUUGACAGCAGGAGGACUCUGCUGCAGGAGCCCAAGAAGUGCUCCUCUGGAGAAACACCAGCAGGGUGGGGGGUGGUUCUUGCUGCUACUUUCCUGACAACUGUACCCAUUGUGCAACUUCAGUGGUCAGCAGGGUGUCACCAUGCCUGUGCAGACAUUCAUGGGAAAGGGGCCUGCUGACAAGGGGAGAGGAGGUUGGGAGGAGAAGGAAGGUUCUGCAGCCACCACUUCUCUUCACAUGCUCAGUUUUCAUGCUGGAAGUGAAGCACACAUGGUUACACAUGCACAUAGUUCCUGGGGUCUCACUGGCAGCUGCUACUCUUUAAAGUGAGUUGGUUGCUCUGUAGUGAGGCCCCUCCUGCCCUACACUCACUCCCAUUUUCCUUCCUCAGCCACAGGGAGGACACUAGGGAGUGCUCUGGGCUACCUCAUACAGCCUGAAGCAGGCUCAGCUUGUUAGGGAGUGGUAGCAGGGAGAACUCUGUCCAUGACCAAGGAGCUCUGCACCUGUGGUCUCGGCAUGUUGGUGUCCCCAUGGGCUAGGCUGUAGCAGCCAGGGCUUCUGAUGUGUUUCUGAGCUUGUGCUGCUGAAUGGCAGUUGCUGAUUGUGAACAAUUAAGAUGCAGUGACAGAACAUUGGCUCAUCUCAUAUUGGAUCUGAUCAGAAGGAAAGGGGAGUCUGGAGUAGUUGUCCCAAUGGCAGGAGUGGCCUUGGCAUGAGCUCCAGUGUCUGGUGCUUAUCUCGCUCUUGACCUCAGUGUUCUACAUGGGACUCCAUGCCACAAGUGAGCUACCCCAAACCCACCCUUACCUGAUCAGUGUAUUGCUUUCUUCAUGAGCAAAGGCUGAGGACAGUGACCAUGGUUUUUGGACACAUCCCAACCAAGUUCUCCCUGCAGCUUUGAUGGGGGCUGGAAAUCCUUACUGCCCUGAACCACUGUGUGACAUCAAUUGGUGCUAUGAAACCUUUGGUCUCUUUUUCCUCUGGAAAGAGUUGAGAAUGGCUUGCCUGGGAUUCCUGUGCUGACUUUUGUUCCGAUCCCAUUUGGUUUUUAACUCUUGCACAGUCACUGCCCCUGUCUGAGUUCCUCACUGCAGACUGAUAGCACAACUCCAGGCUCUUCCUGGAGUUACAGAUUCCUACAUUGUCCUGGGGAAGGUGUCUCAGCACCUCUCUCAUCAUUUCAGCUCUUGCUGUUACACCCAGGUGCUCAGUCACUGCAGAAAAUGGCUUUUGAGGACAGACAGCCCUUGUAUUUUAACCCCUGCAAGAUGCUUGCUCAGGCUUUAGGGUGACAUUCCAGGGAGGCUUAAACUGUUCUAACUUUGGGCUUCCAUUUCCACUGCCUGGUCUCCUGAUCGGCUGUGCUGUUGCACCUCAGCCUCACAUCUCCCCUUCAUCAUUUCACCCAACACAACCAGGGACUGUCUUGUAGCUGGCAUGACUACCUGGGCUUACACAGUGGGGAAGCUGGAGAGGACAGGAACAAAUCAGCCACAAACAACAGAGGCUUAGAGUCCCACCCUUAAAACUAGGUGGUUUGCUGUAUACUGUGACUUCUUGGUGCCUGUAUGGUUCUUGGUGCUGAGGGGCCAUGCUGGUGGGUGAGGGGUGCAUUGGUGUGGAGAGGACGAAGGGGAUGGAGCUAGUGGCUACCCAGUUUUAGAUUUCCAUCUAGUGUGAGGU